AUGAAUCCUCUGAUGGACUCUCUGCAAAAGGGUAAUCUCAAACGGAUUCGCCAAGCUUGCGCCAACUGCCGGCGAAGGAAAACAAAGUGCUCCGGGGAGCGUCCGGUCUGCUUUCACUGUCGCCGCAAUAAGCACACCUGCGUCUACGAGCCUUACUCCGUCACCGUCGGCGACAACCCGCCGAAUGCUCCAGUGACAUCGAACGCUGAGAAUACCCAACUGUUGCAACGCAUCUCGUUGAUCGAGUCGCGCUUGGCAGAGCUGAGUGGCCAGACUGUACAACAACCCAGUCCCUUAGUAGACCUUGGACCUCCCGAGCAGCAAAUUUCCUUAUCGCAGCGUGCUAACCCUGGAAUUCAUUCGCUCUUAAACCCUUCCCAAUCCGUUCUAAGCUCCGUCAUAGACACAUAUUUCACUCACGUUCACAACCAGCCGUAUAGCAACUUCCAGGAGACGACCUUUCGACAAGGGCUACAGAAUGACACCUUGCCCCGAUGCCUGAUCCUGGCCGUGCUGGCAUCCGCUGUCCGCUUCUCCACACAUGAAUUCUAUGCAGGAAGAUCGGUCGAGGCAUCAGAAGUCUAUGCCCGGGAAGCAUGGCUAUCGGUACUUACCGAUCACUUGACCGUGGAGGAUAAUAUGGGUGUUCAUGUGGUGCAAACUGUGAAUAUGCUGGCAGUGAUCGACUAUACCGCUAACCUCUUGCUUAAACCCCUAGCUGGACGGGUCAAUUCAGGCUGGCUCAAAAUUGGCCUGGCAGCCCGCAUCUCCCAAGGACUCGGCCUGAUGAGAGAGCCCGAUGGCUGGUUACCUGUUGCGGAACAGGAGGAACGUCGACGAGCAUUCUGGUCAGUAUACCUGCUCGACAAACUCAUUUCAUGUGGACGAUCCCGUCCGCUCGUCAUUCUCGACCAAGAUUGUCACGUACAGCUCCCGUGCGAUGAAAGCACCGUCCGGCAGGGGGAGACAAAGAAGACCUACACGCUGCUUCAGCUUCUCAACUGGAACACCAAAAUUUCCGAUACCCCGAGUCCAUUUGCUCUGGUCAUCCUGCUCGCAUCAAUCUUCGGGCGCUGCACCAGGUAUGUGUAUGCCAACCGACAUACCGAUGAGAUUCCUCCUUGGGGCACCAAGUCGGAAUAUUCUGCCAUCAAUUCAUCGUUACUACUGUUUGAGUCCUACGCAAAGAUGGGCAACACGUCAGUGGUCGAUAUGUUAACAGGCAGUGUUGGGACCAUUGACCAUCAGGAGCUUGGCCACCGAGUAUAUGCGCAUACGCUCUUCCACCUCUGUCACUGCUUGUUGAAUCAUCCCUUUGUUCUCAGCCUUUGUCUCAAGCCCUUUGGCUCCAAAGUUCCUCAUAGCUUCGUGACCCGCGCACUCCAAAACGGGCUCGACCAUGCCACGCAGCUGGUGAAUCUUCUGCGGGAUGUGUCUGACGCAGGGGGACUCGUUGAAUCCUCUUUCUACGCAUAUUGUGUUGCUAUUGCGGGUGGGAUUCUCUCGAUCGCGUCGCACGAGGAAUCUCAAAGCGUCUUGUGUCGUCCUUCCGAGAUGCUGGAGUGCUUUCAACAUGGUAUCGAUAUCUUAGAUCGAUUAGCCGAAUUCUGGACCCACGCAGCCAACAUGUCGGUCCGGCUGCGCGACUUCCACGCACAGCGACAUAGCCUAGGCAGCGUUCUCGAUGCGACUGGUGUGCCGAGGGAUCUGGAUCCUAUGUCCGAGGAGACAUUCUGGUCCAUGCUCGACUAUUCAAUCAUGGGAAGUAAUCCACGCAAGGCAUCCAGUGCACCUGGCUCGAAUGUGCCCAGCAUGCCCUCGCCGACAUCAUGGGCUCGAGGGUCGGACAUUCUCGCCGCCGCAUCCCCCAGGGUGCACACGAGCCAUGAGGAUAUUUUUUGUGGCCUGUCGCCUGCUUUACGUCUCGACGAAGUCGAAUAUUUACUUAAUGAGUUGUGUCAUGGGAGUGUUGCGUGCCGCGAUCGGAACGCGGACCGUUUCUCUUUCCCGAGCCGCUUCAUGUGUUCGCAGUUCGCACCCUCUCUGGAGAUAAAGAUGCGAAUACCCCAAUCACGUCCCACACAUCGUCAUCUGUUUCUUGAUCAUAUCAACAUGACUAGCAAUAAUCAAUCCUCGCCGUGGGAGGCGGUUGCCUCGGGUACUACGGCAGCAAUUCUGGCAAACAUCAUUGUAUACCCUCUUGACACUAUCAAGACGAAACUCCAAGUGCAAGUCCACAGUCGACCUAAGUGUACCGAAACCAAAGAGGACGAAUCACGCAGCCCACCACCUAUGCCUAUGAGCUAUGAUAACGUGAUCGACACAGUUUCCCAUGUGGUGCAGGAAGAAGGCAUCUCAGGACUGUAUCGUGGGCUGAGCAGUUCCAUUCUCAGCACCGCCUCCAUGAACUUCGUCUACUUCUACUGGUCGACCAAAGCACGGACCGUGCAUCGACACUUCCUCAAACGUCACAAUAUCCCAGACUCGAACGGUAUCGUCAAAGAGCUCUUACUAGGCGCGGUGGGAGGGGCCAUGGCCCAGAUCUGCACCAACCCCAUUGCAGUCAUCGUUACCAGGCAGCAGACAUGUCGGGCAGCAGAUGAAGCGAAAUCCAUCUUUGGGGUUCUGAAGGAUAUAGUGAGCAGUGAGGAUGGAUGGACGGGACUGUGGCGAGGGUUGAAAGUCAACCUCAUCCUCGUGGUCAACCCUAUGAUCACGUAUGGUCUUUACCAGUGGCUGCGAGGGGGCUUGCUCCGCUUCAGGAAACCACUGGGAUCUGCAGAUGCUUUUCGUGCGUAUAAACCGUCUCUUUGA